GAGGCUAGUGAGCGGGACGUAGACGUGUGAGUGUUGUCUCGCGACUACGGACUGAAAUUUCUACAGUUAGCUUCCUCCGGCUUUAGCUAGCUAGUAGCCUAAAUCACUACGUGGUUCUGAAUGAAAGUGGUCAGCUAACCCUACUCAUUGAUUGGGAUGCAAGCAGUGUAGAAAAUCAACGUUUCAUAUUUCGAUCUGGAAGAUCGUCAUCGUGCCCAGGAAAACGCUCUUUCUUCAGGGUGAGGCUGUGAGCGUGCGAGGUAAGGAGUAAGAGAGAGAGAGAGAGAAGGAGCGAGCGAGCAGUCAUGGAGCAGCAGAGACAGCGUUCUCUCUCCACCUCAGGAGAGUCCCUGUACCAGGUGCUGGGGGUGGACAAGAACGCCACGCCCGAAGACAUCAAGAAGUGCUACAGGAAACUGGCUCUGAAGUUCCACCCAGACAAGAACCCCGACAACCCCGAGGCUGCAGACAAGUUCAAGGAGAUCAACAACGCUCACGCCAUCCUGUCUGACUGCACCAAGAGGAACAUCUACGACAAGUACGGCUCCCUGGGGCUCUACGUGGCCGAGCAGUUCGGGGAGGAGAACGUCAACACCUACUUUGUCUUGUCUUCCUGGUGGGCCAAGGCCUUGUUCGUCUUCUGUGGGGUGGCGACAGGCUGCUACUUCUGCUGCUGCCUGUGCUGCUGCUGUAACUGCUGCUGUGGGAAGUGUAAACCCCGUCCUCCCAUGGAGCAUGAGCCUGAGUUCUACGUGUCCCCAGAGGACCUGGAGGCUCAGAUGACCACAGACGACAGAGAUGGUGGGGAGCCUAUCAUGAUGCAGCCGUCAUCAGCUACAGAGAACACUCAGUUGACGUCAGACGGCCACCACUCCAGCUACCGGACCGACGCCUAUUAGACGCCAACGACACACACAUACAUACACAUACACACACACGCACUCCUCUCAGCCUCACGGUGACCCUGGCCUAACCCCAAUAUAACCCAUGCCAUUCAUACCACUCUGUCCUCCCCAAGAUUCAAACACACACACACACACACACACACAAACACACACACACACCCUGGCAAGUCUCUCUACCACAGAUAGAGCUAGGCCCUCUUCCUCAACCCCACCUGACCUCUGACCACAACCCUACACCCCCCCCCCCCCCCCCCCCCCCCCCCCCACACACACACACACACACACACACACACACAGCUGUCCUGAGAAGGAUGUGUUUGUAACACUGGAAAAGAGACACAUACAUUGGAGGAAAACGUUGUUUACCACACACAAUGUUUGGGGGCUGUCUGUUGUCCAUGCAUGCGCAUGCGUGCAGACACACACCAUAAGUAACAAAUGGCAUUCUUAUUCUGCUUGUUUGAAUGAUUUAAAACUGUUUUAGCUGAACUGUAGCCUCAAACCUCUAACCCUGCCAAGAUACUGUAUAGAUCGUGGGUAGGCCUAGUCACAGUCACUGGCUCAUAGACGUAACACACGCACACACGCGCGCGUCACAGCGGAACUCAACACUUACAAGCACUGUCUGUCUCCCCCACGCCACCCCCCCCUUUUGUCUGGCCACUGUUCUGUUUGUUUUGUUUCUGAACAUUCCUUGUACUGUGGACAAUCAUGGGUGGCUGGAGAGGACACAACUAUCCCUGCUGUAUAGGCUGGCUGGCUAGGGUGGCUAGGGUGGGUAGGCUGGCUAGGGUUGCUAUGGCUAUGUCUGGAAGUGGGUCAGACACGCAGCCCUGUACGCUAGGAGGGGAGGGGUUCCUGGUGGGGGGGGGGGUGCGGUCUUUGUGGGUACAUGGGCUUGACUGCAUCGGCACAACAGGUGUGUGAGGGGGUAGUGGGUGAUGGUGGGCUGAAGGGGGGUGGUGUUUGUGCUCUGUGUUGGGUACAGGGGCUGGUCAGCAUCAGUGUAUGGGUGGUGUGGAGGACAGGAGGGCCCUUACUGGAGCUGUCUCACCCAGCAGAUGUCAUGUGACUGACUGACACCACUUCUGGAUGCAUGUGGAGAGGGGCUUUGGAGCUCCUAAACGAUGGAGUGUAGCUAGCUAACGUGAUAACGGCACAUGUGUGGUCAGCUGUGAGGAGGUGGGUAUCCCUGCUCUGGGUCACUUUAGUUUCUCCAGUCUGUAGAUGAUUUUUCCGUUCUGGUGAAUACGACAGAACAGCAUUACACAUGGACACACAGUGUCUUCCACUCCUCUCAUCCUCCUCUCCUCACCUCUCUUCUCCCUUUGCACUGGUUCGGCCCUCCAAGCCACCUAGUUUUAUUUUAAACCCAAGCUUGUGCUCCGUUACAGAUAUGAAGGAUUAUAAACAGAACUAGAAAUUGUCUAUUAGCAAAUCCCCACAGUGUGUCUGUGUGUGUGUCUCUGUGUGUGUACCUCUGUGUACCUCUGUGUGUGUGCAUGAGAGAGUGUGUGUGUCGUGGGAGGGCUCCUAUAUGUGUUGGUGUUCUGUGUCAGGCUCAACGUGUUGACCUCUCAAUAUACAGUACAUAUAUCCCACUGAGAGCACACACACACACACACAGAGGACGGCUGUUUAGUUUCUGCUUCUGUGUGAAAAAAGUAAAUUAUGUAAAUGUUGUAUGUUUAGAUUUUACGUUGUAUAUUUGAGUUGUACAACCGAAAAGUGUUGUUUAGUUCUAUUUUUGUUUAGUAGAUGAUUGUUUUGGUUUUCUUACUUAUGUUUGUUGACGAUGAGGGAGGAUUUUGUUGAUAUUCAGUCAUGAUUUUAUGUCAGUAAUUUCAGCACUGUAGUCAGUGAUAAACACAACUAAGCAUGGUAACAGGCAACAACAAUCAAACAAGGAUGUAGCCAGCUACAACACGUAAUUGUCACAACAGUAACCCACUUCUAUGAACUCUUAUGACAGUACAGUAACCAACUCCUAUGAACUCUUAUGACAGUACAGUAACCAACUCCUAUGAACUCUUAGGACAGUACAGUAACCCACUCCUAUGAACUCUUAGGACAGUACAGUAACCAACUCCUAUGAACUCUUUAGACAGUACAGUAACCCACUUCUAUGAACUCUUACGACAGUAUAGUAACCCACUCUGAGUGUCCCUCCCCUCAAGCAAGGUCAUCACCAUCCAAAAGACCAUUGGUCACAGUUUAACAACCCCCUUUAAUAGACAAUCUGAGAAUAGGACUUGGGUUAGCAGUGAGUGUCUAUGAUCUGGAGCUCUACAUCUGUUUAAUUGUUGCGACUUUUAUCACUAAUUAUCACUUUUGUUUUUAAUCUUAUUGUCAAUUUAACACUUAGUUCACCGUUGCAACUGUAACUCUACAUUGUAAGAAAAUGCUAUAAGAUUUUAGAACCUGUCUUUUCUUCAAGUAACUUUGGAAAGAAAACUAACCAAUCACGUUGUCCGUAUUACCUGGUUAAAACAUGCUUUUAUCUAAACCCCGCCCACUCUAUUUUUCUAUGGUUAGAUUGGUUCCAUAUGUUUAAGGUCAUUGAUAUUCCAACCCUAUAUGUUAUUCCCUCUGUGGCUCCCUGUGUAUGAGUGAAUGCAAUGUUUAGACAGAACCAUACUGGAUCACUAAAAGAAAAAAACUAAAGUUUGAGAACACUUAUCAAAACAACAAAAUAUAUGAGUGCACAAGUGCAAAACAACAUAGAAAUAAGAUGAAGCGUUAUUUUAUUUAUUUUAUUUUUGUUAUCUUUUUAAUGAAUGACUAUAGAUGGUUAUAAAUAGUAUGUACCGGUAACUAGAUGUGACCAUGGAGAGGUGAUGAAGAACUGUGGGUUGACAGGGGUCGUAGCUAGUAGACGGGUGGAAAGCUAGUGUUGCUGUUUUAGCAUGGAUCAGUCCACAGUGUGUCUGGUGGAGAACCCACAUGAGUCACUUAUCUAAUGUGCUGUUGUAAAAUAAAUGUUUCUGAUGCUUA